AUGUCCGAAUGCCUCAGCGACAAUGGGCCGGCCAGGGCCGUGGCUCUCGGCAAGCCUGUCCUGGAAACCCAGAGCAAGAUGUGGGUUGAUGACAUACAGGCAGAAUGCCAACUCAUGGCCUUUGCAACGCCAGAUCCGAAGAUAGAAAUCAUUGCUGUAGUAAAGGGAACGCCGACUGAUGCCGAUGGAGUUCCUGUACGAGUGCAUUCGGAAUGCUUUACUGGUGACGUGCUCGGGUCACAGCGCUGCGAUUGUGGGCAGCAGCUGCACAAGUUCAUGCGAAUAAUGAACGACUCGUCUUGUGCAGUUCUGCUGUACAUUCGCGGCCAAGAAGGGCGUGGCAUAGGUCUUUUUUCAAAAAUACGUGCAUACCAUCUUCAGGACCAAGGUCAUGAUACGGUGGACGCCAAUUUAAAGCUUGGGCUUCCCGUGGACAUUCGCAGCUAUGAGGAUGCCCUUCAGAUCUUGCAACACCUCGGGCUGAAGUCUAUUCGGCUGUACACGAACAAUCCGGACAAGAUGUCCGCACUGAAGAGCAUCACUCAACAGGUGCAGGCACUUGCAUCCGUGCCCAGCCAACACAACAUCGGCUACUUGCAGACCAAGCGGGAAAGGCUGAACCACCGAACCGUCUUGGAGACCUUUAAGCUGCCGGAACUCGGCCUGGAGCCUUCGGGACUCCGAAUAGGAGUCGUGUACACCACGUGGAAUCAGUACUUUGUCGAUGAGCUGGUUACAUUUGCAGAAGCGGAGCUGACAAGCUCUGGCGCCCAAACUUUGAAAAUGGCAGUGCCCGGAGCCUGCGAGCUCAUUAGCGGCAGCAGAAUCACCUUGAGGCACCACAAGCCUGACGCUGUGAUCGCCAUUGGCGUACUGAUUAGAGGUUCCAGCGACUUGUACGAUCGCACCUGCAACGCGGUGAUGAGUGGUCUCACCGAGCUGAAUGCUAUCCAAGACACGCCAAUCAUACUUGGAAUCCUCAUGUGUCAGAAUGAGGAGCAAGCCAGCGAGCGUUCGCAUGGGCCAAACAAUCCAGCGAAGGCGUGGGCGCAAACCGCCAUGCACAUGGCGUCGCUUGCGAGAACAUUCCCUGGACCUGGUGGCUGA